AUGACCCCUGGGCAAUGCUAUUCACAAGCAUCACUCCUAACUCUGCCAGCUGAACUCCGACAACAGAUAUAUGGCUACCUCAUCGCUCACGAAAACGUAUCACAUCCGCUACCAUCUGUAGGCAUAACCGCAGUUACCCACCGCCUGCCAUCGACAAGAAUUCUGCACAUACAUCCUACUCUCACCGAAGAGAUCUUGGAUUACUACUAUUCCAUCAGCACCUGGAAGCUAAUCUUUAGCCAUGCGUUCAAUUUCUUCCGCGUCGACCCGGAACUACGGAAGCUUGAACUAAGUCCAGUACUCCGACGACUGCGAAAGGUUGAGGUUGUGUUCUUCUGCGACAUACUCUUGUUAAAAGAAUAUCCAAGCUUCGGUAUUGGAAGCUUUUGCGCGGAGAUCCGACGCAGAGCAGACCGAGCAUGCGAUGUGCUGAGCCGUGCAGACGAUCUGCGAGUCGUCACCGUUAGCUGGAUAGAUACUACGCUGACAGGUGGCUGGAGCGAGAAAGCGACUAUUCUGGAACCUCUGCGCAAGUUAGCAUUAAAGCGUGACAUUAUGUUCAGAAUCGGCGAAAUCAAUGGGCCGGAUGAUGUUGACCGCGCGCUAUUCCUGAAAGCCAUGCAGGAGGUUCUGGGCGAGAAUAGACAGCUAGAUGCUGGUUUCACUGGUGCCGCUGACGAGCCUAACCGGUUGAGGAUGCUUGCUUUCGAUCCGAGGCAAGAGCGGCCAAGUUUGCACCAGCAAGGCAAGAUCUCGCCGAGGCCGCGUCUGUCACGUCCUGCGACAUACAUAUUCCCUCAAGCGGACUCCCACGAUGUGAUACCAAUGAGCUUGUACACCAGGUCGAAGUUCUCUCAUCAAGUGGACCUGUACGGCGGCGUAUCGUCUUGA